AUGAUUGGGCUGUGGAUCAAAGGCGACCAAGCGGCACGGGACUCGGCGAUGAAUUUCCAUCGUAAGUUGCUUUCUGCGAUUGAAGCUCAACGGAGUCAAUGGUAUAUAUCGAACUCGACGCCACGUUGCAGCAAUGACACGCCCUGGCCCAUGGCGACCUACCAGAGUAUCCUUCUGCAGCUUAUAUUCGCUGUACUUGUAGCCAAACAAGAGGCUCCUCUUGAUUUGAACCUGCGCUUUCAACUGCCGGACACCAAAUAUCAACUCCUUACAUCUCUCGUGGAAACCUGUCGCGAGCUUGGUUUGUUCUCCUAUCCGAAUAUGCUUGCUAAGCACCACUCCUCGGCGCCGAUAGCACUCGUAUGGGUGAACGUGGAAGAGAUCAAGCGUUUCGGAUUGGCGCUAUAUAAGAUCUGUCGACUCUGUACUCGGAGUGCCUUGGCCGGCACGACCGACAGCGAUAGUAGUGACAUGAGAAGUGAGCUUCUAACUCUGUCAGACCUGGACUUUUGCAUGCCGGAUAGUGACGAAAUGUGGAACGCUCCAUCGAGUAUUGGAGCUGAAUCAAUUCGAAGUGCUAUUUUCCACCAGGCAUGUAGGGAUAAUCGAGAUACCGACAACUGGAUAUCCCAGACAUCGGGGAAAUUGUACGAUUCUCGUGUCGGCCUUGACUGGAUAUAG